CCCCUCUCUCUUCCUCUCCCUGAAUUUUCUCCUCUCCUCUCAGGUCAGUCCAUGGUAUUCCGCUCCCCCCUAGACCUCUAUUCCUCCCACUUCUUGUUGCCAAACUUCGCCGAUUCUCACCACCGCUCCCUACUUCUGGCGAAUAGCGGCGGCGGGACCGGUGCGGGAGGCGGCGGCGGCGCGGGCGGCGGCGGCGGCGGCGGCGGCGGCGGGAACUGUGCGGGAGGCGGCGGUGCUGGCGGAGCAGGCGGCGGCGGCGGCGGCGGCGGCUCCAGGGCCCCCCCGGAAGAGUUGUCCAUGUUCCAGCUGCCCACCCUCAACUUCUCGCCGGAGCAGGUGGCCAGCGUCUGCGAGACGCUGGAGGAGACGGGCGACAUCGAGCGGCUGGGCCGCUUCCUCUGGUCGCUGCCCGUGGCCCCCGGGGCGUGCGAGGCCAUCAACAAGCACGAGUCUAUCCUGCGCGCGCGCGCCGUGGUCGCCUUCCACACGGGCAAUUUCCGCGACCUUUACCACAUCCUGGAGAACCACAAGUUCACCAAGGAGUCUCACGGCAAGCUGCAGGCCAUGUGGCUCGAGGCGCACUACCAGGAGGCCGAGAAGCUGCGCGGGCGCCCGCUCGGCCCGGUGGACAAGUACCGCGUGCGCAAGAAGUUCCCGCUGCCGCGCACCAUCUGGGACGGCGAGCAGAAGACGCAUUGCUUCAAGGAGCGGACUCGGAGCCUGCUGCGGGAGUGGUACCUGCAGGACCCCUACCCCAACCCCAGCAAGAAACGCGAACUGGCGCAGGCCACCGGCCUCACUCCCACACAAGUAGGCAACUGGUUUAAGAACCGGAGGCAGCGCGACCGCGCCGCGGCGGCCAAGAACAGGCUCCAGCACCAGGCCAUCGGACCGAGCGGCAUGCGCUCGCUGGCCGAGCCCGGCUGCCCCACUCACAGCUCGGCAGAGUCGCCGUCCACGGCGGCCAGCCCCACCACCAGCGUGUCCAGCCUGACGGAGCGCGCGGACACCGGCACCUCCAUCCUUUCGGACAAGCGCGGCUUCUCCUUUCGGUUCCCACGGACCGGCACCCCACCUGCAUGACGAUUUAUUUGUAUCUGGGAAAAUACUCUCUCUAGUUUAAAACGAUUUAAAAAGAGUCGACUAUACAAAAACCGACCACCACCACGAUGACAAGACAACAAAAGCAAAAGAGACAAAAAGAGAAAAAAAUAAAACCGCCAUCUCCGUUUGGAAUUUGUUUAAAAAGAAAGAACUCCUGGAGAGGGAAAUAGCAAAUGUUUCUUGCCUUUUGUUGCUCUCUCUCUCUCUCUUUUUCCUCUCUCUUGAUCUCUUUCUUUCUCUCUGUUUUUAAGUCCAAGUAUUGGUCAAACAAGAUGCAAUUUUCUGUUUUUUUGUUCAGCAGACAAUCAUUUUCUUCGUAAGCACCUUUUUCUCUCCACUCUGUCACUGCCUGUGUGGGUACUGGUUAUAAAUGUGGAAAAAGAAUAGUUAUGACUGUAACAGAUUUUUAUUUU